GAGCCGGUUGGCGUUCUUCAAUCUGGUCCCUUUCGUUGCACAAUUUCCACACUUGCCUUGAACACCAUGUUCUUCUGAAGUUCCUUUUAUCGAACACCUUCGGUGCGCUUUUUCCCAUCAUCGCCGACGGAGGGAGGCGACCGGAAUGGCAGCUUCCUCUGCGAGCAUCGCCGUCGCAAACGCUAUCUGGGAACAGAUCAAAUCCUCUCGCUCAGUGUCCGACGACUACCUAUCCAUCCUGCACUUCUUAUUUGGGAAGAACAUGGAGCGCGCGACGAGGAUCGUCGACCAGGGCGGCGUCCGAAGGGUCUCCGGCGCCCCCAGCGGCCGUUCUCUUUUCCUGGUGGUGGGGGAAUCGAAGAGGAAGGAGGAGUACAUCUGCUUUCCCGAGCACCACUGCACCUGCUACUCUUUCUUCUAUGACAUCGUCAACAGGGGUGAACAGCUCUGUUGCAAGCAUCAAAUAGCAGCUCGGCUUGCUGAAGCGGUGGGUGCCCUCGCGGAAGUGGAGGUGUCUGAUGAGCAGCUGGCGCUUAUGCUUGCGAAACUCUGAAAGCUAUAAGCGUUUCAAAUUGUACAGGAAAUUCCAGAUGAAAGUCUAUUAUGAAGAGAAAGUCCCUUCUCUCUUAUUAGAAGAAGCAGAUAUAUGCUUGCUUUCUUGUGGCAAUUUUUGCUUUCAAAGCCGUUCUCAAUUGUAAAUGUGUAAUGGCCAUCAGCAAGUUGGUAAAAUGUAGUAACAUUAACGCUCUUCUUGAAAGAACUCAUACUUAAAAUCAUCCUCAAGCUCUAUUGUGUUGAACAAAUUUGUACAUUGAGUCAGUAGAAUCUCCUUAUCUCCUUGAAAAUCAGCCAUGCAUACAUUUGCAAUAUUUUUUUCUGAAAAAAGUUCAAUGCAUACUUGUACUGAUUUUAUUCUGGAUAAGUUCAUUGCAUGCUUAUGUAGAAAGUCUUGCCUACAUAAUUCAUGAAAAUGUUGAGCAGUGAAUCAGUAAUGUUAUGGCCGUUUGAAACUGGCUUAAUUGAAAACAGCAGUCUUUCUGAAAGAAGGCUCAAUUUCUUUAGGCAGCUCGAACACAUAUAUUAUAUCUCUUUCUUGACUUAUUUGGUUAUUGAAAAAUAGGAAACCAAUCCACAACAUGUUUUAUUUUGGCAAAACAUUCAGGGGUUGAGCUUCACUAGGUGGACAAUAUAUUUACUAACUCAAGGAGAGUCACAUUAGCAACCUUAAAAAAGAACUUCAUUCAUCUUGAGAAGUGUAGUAGGAAGUUCCAUAAAAAAGAAAAGAGAGAAAGAAAGGUAGUAGAAAGAUGGCACUGUGACUGAUGACCUUUUCAAGUAUCUAUUCCUGUCUUAUGUGAAUUCAUGGAUGACAUUUGUAAACUGGGAAUGGUCCAGUCACCGGCCACCUAUUGUUCUGAACCUUCUUAUCAUGAAUUUAUCUGAAGUCUAAGCAUCAGUGAAGAAUGCAUCUACCUAAAGCAACAAGCCUCAUCCCUAAGGUUCGCCUUUUGGACUAAGGAGUGAUCUCCCAAACUAUGAGAAUAUUCUAUUAUUGGCCUUCCGCUUGACAGUAACCAUCUGUGAUACUGAAUUCAUGGCCAUUGUAACUAGAAGGGUAGUCAACGGGGAGGAAACUUGUAUACAUGAUUACAUUUAAGCUCAUGCAAUUAGCAAGCAACCCUUUGAGGUUCCCCUGCACUUGAAUUUGGUUGAUCCGUCAUGAAAUAACAUCUGCCAAUUUUUUACAUAAUCUAAACAAACCUUGUAAAUUUAUUGUUUACUUAUUUGUCAUUCUAAAUUGAGAGAGAAGCUUUUUUUGAAUAUGGUUAUGCUUGCUGCAUUCCAGAAGAAUAUAAUAGCACAGCCUAUUCCAGUCGUUCUCAAUACCAAAACAAGUAGACUUUAAGUUACUUUCAAAAGCAAUAGAGGUUUUUUUUGCUGGCAAAAGGGCAGGACCUUGCUUUUGUUGGUUUUGUAAUCUUAGCCUGCUGUGCGAUGUCUUCUCCAAAAGUAGUGAGCAAU